GAGGAACCAGCUGAGCAGCACAGGACCAAACACAGUCUCACUGAGUCAGUAGACAUGAAGGAUGGGAAUCUUGAUCUGCUGCUAGUCAAAGAGGAGACAAUAGAAGAUGGACCAGAGAGCAUUGACCUGAGUGGACUAAAGAUGGGGGAGCAAGGUGGUUGGCUGGAGGCUAACAGGGGAGACUGGGUGGCCAUCUUGGAAUCCCAGAACCAGACGGGUGCAACCAAGGGCCCAGGGGACAUCACUGAGAAGGCCAGGACCAGAGGCGACAUAGUGGAGGUCAGUGGAUGGGACAGCGUCCUCAACUCUGGGCUGGGGAACAACACUGUUAACCAGAAACAGACAGUCGAACACAAAACAACCAAACUUAGUCUCCAUGACAACAGACUGGCUGAGACCAGGGCAAGGUGUAGAUUUGGUAUGCGGGGACAGGGAGGUGUCCGUAUGCGAGGGGAGAGAACAACAGACACAGACUGGGCUAGCGAUGCUCCGUCCUGCUCCUAUAGUUGUGAUUCAGAGACAAUGGUGGCGCCUCAGGUUAACCCCCUAACAGGUGCUUCCUUCAGCCUGCCUUCUAUAGGAUCUAUCAACUGGAACAUGGACCCUGCAACAACACAAACACUUCCUGGCCUUCAUCCUCCUCACACUCUCUUAAUGUUAAACCAGACUUCAGACAAUGCCAGUGCCUCAACACCAAAUGGCUACACAAGUCCAUUGACAAAUGACAGUAGCAGUAACUCUAUCUGCAGAUCCGGUGGCAAAGAGAAGCGCUUCCCGUGUUUGUUCUGUGGGAAAGCCUUCAGUUUCCCCAAACAGGUGGAGAUCCAUCAGAGGAUGCACACGGGGGAGAAACCCUACAGCUGUACCCAAUGUCAAAUGCGCUUCGCCCAGGCUGGUCACCUAAAGAGACACCAGAGGGUCCACACAGGGGAGAAACCCUACAGCUGCCCCCAGUGUGAGAAGAGGUUCUCCCACCAGCACCAGCUGAAGAUGCACCUGAAAGUCCACACGGGAGAGAGGCCGUUCGCCUGUACGCAUUGUGGGAAGAGGUUCUCAGAGAGGAGCUACCUCAGGAUACACCAGCAGAAAAUGCACACGGCCCAUGUAUAGUGUGUAGUAAUGUAGUACUAGUUAGUUUGUAGUUAAUUCUGUUGGUUUUGGAUGUAGUAGUGAACUGGAUGAAGUGAACCGAGGAAAGAAUGAGUAUGAUGAGGCAGAGUAGAUGAUAUGGUGAUGGUUGGUCGGAAGGUGUCUGUUUAAACUCUUCACUGGUAUAAAGUAUUGAAAAUAUGUGAAAGGUAAUGUUGAACUUUUCCAAAGUUUUCUCAACUGAAUUUUAUCAAAGCGAGGGUACUAGAUUUACAGAAAUUGUAAAGUGUUACCAUAGUGAGAAAAGUUAUUCUACUUGUCACGUAUCGUUUUGUGCAAUAAAAGUACUGUACUUCAUGUUAUGUGAGAGUAUGACCAUUUUGUUGAAAUUAAAUUAAAAAUUGACUCUGU